AUGCGCCGAGUCGUCGCGAGCGCAAUCGUGGCAAUUGCGACCAUUGCAGCAGCAAAGGAGGCUGAGGUCCGCCUCGUGGUCGAGUCGCAGGGCUCCAUCAACCCAAAGCUCAUCAGAACUCACAGCGACGAAGGUGACCGCGGCCUUCCACUAUGCACCGGCCUGCAGAUCUGCAACGGUCGGGAUGCCUCCGAUUGCUCAGCAGCCAACAACGGCGACUGUGGCCAGAAAUACUGCUGCAGCAAGGGUCACCCAUGCUACCAAUGUUCUGGCGAUGGAUAUGACUGCAGGAACAGUGGGGCCUGCAAGAAUCCGAAUGGUCAUGGAAUUUGA